AUCCGGGUAUUUUUUGAGUCCACUGUUUGGUUUAGCUAGUGUUUGCAGGCUGUGUCAAAUUCAAGUGAAUAGGCUGGGGCUUGACACUCAUUUGGCCAUAACAGCUCCGGCCUAAAAAUUCAAAGGAGGGACAUUUUAACUAUACUUUACGUCGACAAAUGUUAAAGUAAUGCAUCCCUGGUUUAGUCAGAACAGGGAGUUCCGCACUUUCACAAAUUGAUGCACUGUGAGGUGAUUGCUAGCUAGCUAACGUUACCCGCAAACUCCCUCCAUCUCGUCGGGGUUUCUGUUUCGGUCACAGCACCUCUGCUCUGUUGCUGUCUUUACAACUUCAAAACAGGUCUUGCGGAUUUUGGUUUUAAGAGCUACAAUGGGGGCGUUUUUGGACAAGCCAAAGAUGGAGAAGCACAAUGCUCAUGGUGAGGGGAACAGUCUGACCUAUGGCCUGAGCAGCAUGCAGGGCUGGAGGGUGGAGAUGGAGGAUGCGCACACGGCAGUCAUUGGCCUGCCUCAUGGGCUCGACCCUUGGUCCUUCUUUGCUGUCUAUGAUGGGCAUGCUGGCUCCCAGGUGGCCAAAUACUGCUGUGAGCACCUGCUGGAGCACAUCACCAGCAACCCAGACUUCCAGAGUGGUCUGGAGCCCAACGUAGAGAGUGUGAAGAUCGGCAUCCGCACAGGUUUCCUGCAGAUUGACGAGCACAUGCGGAACAUCUCAGAGAAGAAGCACGGUGUGGACCGCAGUGGCUCAACUGCGGUGGGGGUCAUGAUUUCCCCAGGCCACAUCUAUUUCAUCAACUGUGGAGACUCCCGGGGUCUUCUGAGCCGUGGAGGAGCUGUGCACUUCUUCACACAGGACCACAAGCCCAGCAACCCACUGGAGAAGGAGAGGAUUCAAAACGCCGGAGGCUCUGUCAUGAUCCAGAGAGUGAACGGCUCUCUGGCUGUGUCCCGGGCCCUGGGAGACUUCGACUACAAGUGUGUGCAUGGCAAGGGCCCCACUGAGCAGCUGGUUUCACCAGAGCCUGAGGUGUAUGCCAUUGAAAGGUCUGAGGUGGAAGAUGAGUUUAUUGUCCUAGCCUGCGAUGGCAUCUGGGAUGUCAUGGCCAAUGAGGAACUGUGUGACUUUGUCAGGUCCAGGCUAGAGGUGACCAAUGACCUUGAGAGAGUCUGCAAUGAAAUUGUUGACACUUGCUUGUACAAGGGGAGUCGGGACAAUAUGAGCGUUGUGCUGAUCUGCCUCCCAGGGGCUCCAAAGGUGACUGCAGAUGCCGUGAAAAGGGAAGCAGAGCUGGAUAAGUACCUCGAGAGCAGAGUAGAAGAGAUCAUUAAGAAGCAGGGAAACGAAGGGGUUCCAGACUUGGUCCACGUGAUGCGGACGUUAGCAUCAGAGAGCAUCCCUAACCUCCCUCCUGGGGGUGAACUGGCCAGCAAGCGAAACGUUGUUGAAGCGGUGUACAACAAACUCAACCCAUACCGAAGUGACGACACAGACUCAGCGUCCACAGACGACAUGUGGUAACACAACCCCCACCACAAACACAGCACAGAGUUUACAACCCGCAACCCUCUCAAGACCCACAGCAGCUCCGUUCAGCAGUCUGUCUACCCACCACUUUGAGCGUUACAUUUUUAAGAAGGGAAUAUGAUGGGAGGACGAGGAGAUGCAAACACACCUCUACACCCUGGAUAGGGCAGCACCAGUCCGCUCUGAAGUUCAGGAUGCCCUCCAUUUUGUCUCACCUUUUAUCCCCCUUCCCCAACCUUACCCAAAACUAGCGAGUCCAUUAGGUUCUUUAAAAAAAUCAGCUGAAACAAUUUAUUUUUUUGCUGUAAUUAGUUUGAUUCACAUUUCCUUGUGUUUUGUAUAUUUCUGUUUUUGUGAAGUGCAAUUGUCGUGUACAAACAGCCUGUAUUUAAUGCAGCUUGAGUUCAAGUAAAACAAUGAAAGAAGUGAGAAAGAGAACCUUUUAUGCACUAUCUGCCUUUUUCCUGCUCUUCUGGAGUUCCAACAAAUGUCUAUUCAGUGAAUAUUACUGUUUGUCCUCCAGGUGAUAUUAUCCUCCUGCUCUUGUUCUUUUUUAGUUUAAGUCUUUGCUCAUUAAAGAAACGGGUAAAUUGUAUAGGUUCACAGCACAGUAAGCUCUCUAAAUCUAACCAUAUAAAUCCUAAUAUUUACAUGUUCAAUUUUAAUUAUUUUUCAUAUACCUUUUUCUUUAUACGCUGUAGUAACUAUGGUAAAGUGUUACAGUCCUUCAUUGUGUUCCUGUCUUUUGGAGAGAAAGGAUCUUGUUGCUCUCCUGUAAACACAACAAAGCAGUUCCAAGAUGCAAGUGAAGAUUAUCCCACCUGACACCUUUUAACACUUGCUGUGUUGGAUUCCGUGUGUGUGUGUGUGUGUGUGUGCGUAUACUGGCAAGCGUGCCUGGGUGCUUGUGUGUAUGUGUAGAGGUAGGUCUCUAUCUGCAGCACUGUAGCUACUAGCUAAUGUUUGCUAUGGUGGUGCUGAUGUCAGAACCACAUGGGCUGGAGAUUUAGGCACCAUUACUCCUAGAUACCUCUUCUGCACCUCAUCAGUCCCUCAUAUCAGCACAAUACAAUCUCUCACUACCCCUCACUCAGAUAACACUUUAUUUGACAGUGGAAGGAGUAAGUUGACAAAUUGCUAUUUGAACUUCAAAAUGACAUCUACCACAACCACUUUGUAAUUGUCAGUGAAGUCUGUGACACAGUUAACCUGUCUAAUGACAUACAGUGAUUUAAAAAAAAAUGUAUAUAUUUUUUAGUUUGAACCUUGACUAGUUGACAUGUUUUCAUGUGUCAUGAGUGUUAGAUCAUUUACUUUGAAUAAACCACAUGAGGUUGGUGGCACCUUAAUUGGGGAGGAUGGGCUCGUGGUACUGGCUGGAGUGGAAAAGUAUCAAACGCAUGUGUUUGAUGUCAUUCCAUUUGUUCCAGACAUGAGCCGUCCCAUCUGCAGCCUCCACUGGAAUAAGCAUAAUAUGUGACAGAUGCCCACCAUGACAGGUAACACGUGGUCUAUGAUAGCAUAGGUCAGCUUUAUGACAGCCCAUGCUAAGUGAAGUUUUCUAAGUUUCAGAGAGGAGUUCAAAUCACAACAUUUAUCUGAUUUUUACAAAUGUUUAAGUGCUGAUUGUUAGAAACCCUAGUUACCACCACCAGUCUAUCUUCUGUUUCCAAUUUCCAAGUGGUGUUUUUUCUAAAGAAGCAAUCUCCAGUUGUUACAUGAAUUUUUGGGCUUGUAAAUUAAUGGUAUGUUCACAUUUGUUUCUUGAAGAAUAUAACUUAUAAAUGCCUAGAGCUUAGUUAGGUCAACUGCUGAUAGACGCUUGUUUUACUCAAAUUCUUGUAAACCAAGUAAAUGUGAACAAACACUAACCUAAAAAUAUGGAUCAUCUAUAAUUUUGAUAUCAUGGAGGGUCAGUCUUUGCAUGCAUAGCUCUAUGAAUUUGAUUGGUUACAUUUCUCCAGCUUCAACCCUUAGCUUUUUACAGAAACAGGGGUGUUAUAGUUUCAACUGCUGAUUGCUGCUUUAAAUGUUGCUAUAUUCAACUAUACAACCAAGAACAAAUCCACUAAAUUCAUUGAGCUCUCCUAGAGCUCCUUGUAUUUACUGUGUGGUUUGGGGUGCUCUUACUGUAGAGACCUCAGCCACUGCACCAGGAGCUAGGGCACGGUAUGCUGCUAAAGUGUAUGAUUGAUUUGCAGUUAAUUUUUCCCUUUUAAGAAAAAAGUGUAUAGUAUGUAUUUCGUGGUGAGAUGGUUUUAUUUAAAUGUGUUUUCUUCCAUUGUUUAAAAUUCAAUGUUGUAUAUACAGUCAGUGGCCAGUUUAUUAGGUACAUCCAUCUAGAACCGGGUCAGAUCCCACUUUGCCUCCAGAACAGCCUGAAUUAUUCGGGGCAUUCUACAUAGUGUCGGAAACAUUCCACAGGGAUGUUGGUUCAUGCUGACGCGAUGGCAUCGUGCAGUUGCUGCAGAUUAGACAGUGGUACAUUCAUUCUGCGAACAGCCCAUUUACAUUUUAUCCCAAACAUACUCUAUUGAGUUGAGGUCUGGGGACUAUGCAGGCCACUCAAGUAAGCUGAACUCACUGUCAUGUUCCAGGCAAUGUUUUUCCACUCCUCAAUUGUCCAGUGUUGGUGAUCGCAUGCCCAUUGGAGACACUUCUUGUUUUUAGCUGAUAGGAGUGGAACCCGGUGUGGUCAUUUGCUACAAUAGCCCAUCCGUGACAUGGAUCGACGAGCUGUGAGUUCCCGGAUGCCGUUCUGCACACACUACUGUUGUACUGCACUGUUAUUUGUCUGUUUGUGGCCCGCCUGGUAGCUUGCACGAUUCUUGCCAUUCUCAUUCGACCUCGCUCAUCAACAAGGUGUUUUCACCCACAGGACUGCCACUGAUUGGAUGUUUUAUUGUUUGUCGCAUCAUUCUCUGUAAACCCAAGACACUGUCAUGCGUGAAAAGCCCAGGAGGGCGGUCGUUUCUGAGAUACUGGAUCCGGCGCGCCUGGCACUGACCAUCAUAACACGCUCAAGAAUUGCUUUGGACACUCGUUUUGCCCAUGCUUACGUUCAAUCAACCGUAAUUGAAGGCUUCGAUGCCUGUCUGCCUGCUUUAUAUAGCAAGCCAUGGCCACGUGACUCACUGUAGGAGCGAUCCAUUUUCGUAAACGGAGGGGUGUACCUAAUAAACUGUCCACAGUUUAUUAGGUUAGAUAAGUGGUGAGCAAGAUGCUCUUGUUUUGUUUGUGGAUGUUUAAUCAAUUACAAUGGAGCACUGUGGGUUAAGGUGCCCUUCUAAUUCCCGUGGGCUCUGCUCAGGGUUGGGACACUAUCCUGUUUGUCUGACACGCAGGGUAACAUACUGAAUUUGAAAUUCUCUCUCUUUAACCAACUGACAAUCUAAUGAUGUAGGCUAACUUCAGGCAACAAACUACCACGUUGUCUCCUGAAUUUGACCCCUAUAUAUUGUUCAACAUUUUGGGGUCACUUAGAAAUGUCCUUGUUUUUGAAAGAAAAGCUAUUUCUUUGUUGUCCAUGUUUAAAAUAACAUUAAUUGAUCAGAAAUACAGUGUGGACACUUAAUGUUGUAAAUCACUAUUGUAGCUGGAGACAGCUGAUUUUUAAUUGAAUAUCUACAUAGGCGUACAGAGGUCCAUUAUCAGCAACCCUCACGCCUGUGUUCCAAUGGAACGUUGUGUUAGCUAAUCCAAGUUUAUCAUUUUAAAAAGCUAAUUGAUCAUUAGAACCCUUUUGCAAUUAUGUUAGCACAGCUGAAAACUGUUCUCCUGAUUUCAAGAAUCAAUAAAUAUGGCCUCUUUUAGGCUAGUUGAGUAUCUGGAGCAUCAGCAUUUGUGGGUUCGAUUACAGGCUCAAAAUGGCCAGAAGCAAAGCACCUUCUUUUGAAACUCGCCAGUCUAUUAUUGUUCUGAGAAGUGAUGGCUAUUCCAUGCAAGAAGAUCUCGUACAAUGCUUUGUACUACUCCCUCCACUGGCUCUAACCAGAAUAGAAAGAGGAGUGGGAGGCCCCGGUGCACAACUGAGCAAGAGGACAAGUACAUUAGUGUCUAGUUUGAGAAACAUACGCCUCACAAUUCCUCAACAGGCAGCUUCAAUAUAUAGUACCCACAAAACACCAGUCUCAACAUCAACAGUGAAGAGGCGACUCCGGGAUGCUGUUCUUCUUGGCCGAGUUGCAAAGAAAAAGCCAUAUCUGACUGGCCAAUAAGAAAAAAAGAUUAAUAUGGGCAAAAUAAUACAGACACUGGACAGAGGAACUCUGCCAAGAAGGCCAGCAUCCCAGAGUCACCUCUUCACUGUUGACGUUGAGACUCAGUUGUGCACCGGGGCCUCCCACUCAUGAUGAUGCUGAUGCUCCAGAUACUCAACUAGUCUAAAGAAGGCCAGUUGUAUUGCUUCGUUAAUCAGAAUAACAGUUUUCAGCUGUGCUAACAUAAUUGCAAAAGGGUUUUCUAAUGAUAA